AUGUUCACAUUGCCGAAAGCUGCCCUUAUAAAAGAAUGUAAUAACGACAAACGCCCCACUUUAGACCAAGUUCUAGAUGAACUCGAUAACAUAUCAAGGGAAUCUAGUGUAGAAUUUAUUAUAAAUCGCAUUAAUACUUCGGCAGGCUUAGAGCAUAACACAAAUAGUGCCGUUUCGAAGAAAGUUUCGAUAGAAAUCGCAACUGAAGAGAUCUAUGAAGAAUUUAGUAAUCAACGUAAGAUUUUGGAAGGUGGAUCUGGGAUAGUUUAUGAGACCAAGUGGAAAAGCCAGGGAAUGAUGGUUGCUCUCAAGAGGUUAUUAGAAAUAGUCUUAAAUCCGCAGGAAGAAAUAAAUAAGAUAUUGGCCGGAAGCUAUCAAAAUAUUCGAGGGUGCGCUGUCUUCGUAGGUGCAAUUUCCUUUUUGUCCUUAAGAAAUCAUACUCUUAUUUGCGACAUAUCAUCCAGAAUCUAUCAAAAUAUUCAAGGGCGUGGUCAAGUGAUUUCAGUCAUAUUUACUAGAAUGUUGGAAAAUUUUGAACCAGUCACAUAUUUUCCAAUAUAUUUUCCAGAAUUAACUUUAUUUCCAACAUAUCCUCCAGAAGCUAUCAAAAUAUUCGAGGGCGCGGUCAAGUGA